UAUGUUUACAAGUCACCACCACCACCAUCUCCUUCCCCACCACCUCCAUAUGUUUACAAGUCACCACCACCACCAUCUCCUUCCCCACCACCUCCAUAUGUUUACGAGUCCCCACCUCCUCCAUCUCCUUCCCCUCCACCUCCUUAUGUUUACAAGUCUCCACCUCCACCAUCACCUUCACCUCCCCCACCUUACAUCUACAAAUCCCCACCACCACCAUCUCCCCCUCCUCCACCUACAUAUUUUUAUAAGUCACCACCCCCACCAUCUCCUUCGCCACCUCCCCCAUAUUACUACAAGUCUCCACCCCCACCUUCCCCCUCUCCUCCUCCACCAUAUGUUUACAAGUCUCCACCUCCUCCUUCACCUUCUCCACCUCCUCCCUAUGUAUAUAAGUCUCCUCCUCCACCUUCUCCCUCGCCUCCUCCACCAUACUAUUACAAGUCACCACCACCUCCUUCUCCUUCACCACCACCAUAUUACUACAAGUCUCCACCCCCACCUCCUAAGUAUUAAGCUUGCGGCUAAAUCAAUGUCAAUAUUUUCAUUACGUUCAACAUUGUUGCCAUUAAUUUGUAAUGCUAUGAAUUUCUUCAUAAUAAGGCCUGUGCCGAAGUAAUCCUUCUUUUGGAUAUACUGUAGACAUGUUUGUUUAUUGUUGUCAGUUCAGAAGUGUGCCUUAAUCUCUUUCUCCAAUAUACAUUUACCAUCAUACUUUAUUCUUGGUAUUCAUUCUCCUCUUUGCUUUUUGAAGUUAUGAUGAUGGCAUUCGUGAAAUAUUGAUAAAUGGAAAUUUUCUCAUUCACAUCUUGUCCAUCUCUAUUCUUGGUUUUCAUUCUCCUCUUUGCACUUUGAAGUUAUGAUGAUGGCAUUCGUGAAACAUCGAUAAAUGGAAAAUUUUCAUUCACAUCUU